UACCAGCAAGUUUAAUUCGAGCUAACUAGAGCUAGCUUCUAACUUGCUGACAACAGAGAUUCGAGGAUGGUUGUCAGGUGAUGCUAGCUAACAGUUUAGCAGUUGGAUAGUCGUGUCUCUUGGGAUUUAUUUACCUGCUCAUUUACAAUUAAUACGUGCAUAUUUACUGUAGCUGAAGAGGAAUUUUAGUCGCUAAUUGACGCUGAAACGAGAGAGUCAAGACACAUUUAAAUAACUAGCUAGCUAGCUAGUAACUUACUGGUUAGCUGAGCUGUGUUGUUGUUUUGAUCGCUAAUACAAGCUAUCUUAGAUUCAGCUACAGAUACAGAGCUGACCACUAGGACUGGAUUUGUCAUAUUGAACUGGUCGGCUAGUCAGCUAGCUAACGUUGAAGUUCACAUAGUAGUGUUCGGAGAUGUUUCUUUUUACAGAAAUACGUUUUAGUUGACCCACACUUUUAGGAAGAUUUGCUAAACGUGUGUAGAUGGCAAGAAUUGAGCAAAGCAAUGGACUCCAGUCAGCACAGUCCGCCAGAAGUUUACGAGGAACCAUGGAAAACCUGACAGAUGAUGGAGAAGCAGAAGGGAAUUCUUCUUUUGGCUCGGACUCAGAAGUGAACGGCUAUUCUAACACUGGGGAGAGACAGACGGACAAAUAUGGUUUUAUUGGAGGUGCCCAACAGUUUUCAGGAGACUCAGCAGAGGACGUUCCCCCUGAGGUGCUGAGGCAGAGGGAGGCCAAAUGGCUGGACAUGCUCAACAGCUGGGACAAGUGGAUGGCCAAGAAACACAAGAAGGUCAAGUUGCGCUGUCAGAAGGGGAUCCCCCCAUCUCUGCGCGGCCGGGCUUGGCUCUACCUGUCCGGGGGAAAGGUCAAGAGGGAGCAGAACCAGGGGAGGUUCCAGGAACUGGACAGCCAGCCUGGAGAUCCAAAGUGGGUGGACGUGAUCGAGCGGGACCUCCACAGGCAGUUCCCCUUCCAUGAGAUGUUCGUGGCGAGGGGAGGCCAUGGGCAGCAGGACUUGUUCCGUGUGCUGAAGGCCUACACACUACACCGCCCUGAGGAGGGCUACUGUCAGGCCCAGGCCCCCAUCGCUGCUGUUCUCCUCAUGCACAUGCCCGCAGAGGAUGCAUUCUGGGGUCUGGUCCAGAUUUGUGAGAAGUACCUACCUGGAUACUACAGCACAGGGCUGGAGGCGAUCCAACUGGACGGGGAGAUUCUGUUCGCCCUGCUGAGGGGCGUGUCGGCUGUGGCCCAUCGUCACCUGAAGAAGCACAAGCUGGAGCCCAUCCUCUACAUGACCGAAUGGUUCAUGUGCGCCUUCUCCCGAACGCUUCCCUGGGCCUCCGUGCUGCGGGUCUGGGACAUGUUCCUCUGCGAGGGGGUUAAGAUCAUCUUCCGGGUGGGCCUGGUGCUGCUGAGGUGCAUGCUGGGAUCUCAGGAGAAGCUCAAGGCGUGCCAGGGCCUGUAUGAGACCAUGGAGCUGCUGAGGGCGAUAGACGCCCGCUACAUGCAGGAGAGCUUCCUGGUUCGAGAGGUCAUCGAGCUGCCGGUGGCGGAGAGAGACAUCGAGAAGGAGAACCUGGCCCAGCUGAGGCGCUGGAAGGAGAGCCGCGGCGAGCUGCUCUGCAAGUCCCCUCCCAGGAUGCACGGCGCCAAGGCCAUCAUGGCGGCCGAGCCGCCGAGUCGCCACGACCUGAGACAGAAGCCCACCAUCGUGGUGGAGUCGCCCCCGGCAACCCGGAGCGACAAGGAGGAGACCCGAGGGGACGAGGGGAUGAAAAGCGGCAGCCCGCCUCCGGGAGCAGCCAAUCCCCACCCUUCCUCCAGAGGCCCCUCCCCCUUGAAGGACACACCCUUGCAGGGCUCCAAUCAGAGCUUAGACACCUACCUGUAAGGAGAGGGAGCGAGCAGGGGGAUGUGUCACUUUACCUGACUACUUGACUUUACCCGAUCCUUUCGUGUGUGUGUGUGUCUGAACACAACACCCCCUCCCAUCCCCUCCGACGACCCCAAACCUCCCUCCUAAAGAUACCCACAACCACAGGGUGAAAACUCCCACGUCCAUCGCCAUUUCCAGCACCAGCUCCAUCGCCAUUUCCAACUUGUCCGUGAAAGAUGCGGCAGAGUUUCCAUCUGCAUUUCCCCCCUUUUUCGCUUCCCCUUUCUGUGUUAUCGUGCACAGAUAUGUGGGAGCUUAUGACAUUUCAUUAUCAGUUGAGAGAUUGAUGCUCGGACCUUUUUUAUAUUCACCGGGCCAUACGGGUAUACGAACCAAGGCUGCAGGUCUCACGAUAUGUUGAAUCAUUUCUGCUCAUGGGAAUGGAGUCAGAACUCCAGGUUCUCCACUUGAUACUGAAGCGAGACACUACAUGCCAACACGUACUGAGCACGCUUCCUUAGGAGUGCACUCGUUUGACCACAGAGAAAGGCUGUGGAGUGAAGGCCCAGCAUUCUGGUUUUGGGUGAAGGCGGAUCUUUAUAGGUGUUAUUGAUCUUCGCGACCACCAGAGGGCUCUGUGGGGCUGUAUCUAAGGCCUCUCUGUAGGCUCUGGGCUGGGAGAGUUGGGAGAUAUUGAACCGAGCGAUGAGGGAGAUCUAUACCAAAGAUUGAUUGCGUUUUGACAUGUUUGAGUUGCGACAUUGUAAUCUGCGGUAAACUUGGACUGAGAAUUUGCGAUGACUCGGACCGGGGAGAACGCCAACCGAAAUGUAACCAAGAAGGUGAACAGCCAUUAUCGAUGGAGCUAACCUCCAUUAUAUAGUUCUGUCCAAGUCUGUGAAUAUAUUUGUAUGUUAUAAUUGUGCAAUAUGACCAUUCCCCCCCCCCCCCCCCCCAUCGUUUACCUGUUGUAUAUGAUGUGAUCAGAUGAAGGCCACAGCAGUUCAUGAUUCUGAAGGAUCAUAAAACAGAAAAUCAACUUUGGAUUGUAGGAAACUAUGUUGACUUAAAUGCUAUAUACUCUAUAUUUGUACUUGUCAAUGAUAAAGCACUUUCCCAUUUGCGUAGCCUUUGAAAAGAAUAUUCAGCGGCAACAAUGAGGCUAUGUUUGAAUAGUACAACUUGGAUGCAAAUUGUAUUUUUGGCCAUGUUUGUACAUUUGGGUGUUCCCAAACUCCCCAAGUAAACGCUUCACAGCAAUUUCCACUCUUUGUGACCUAAGCCAGCUGUAUUUUGUAUUGUGCUCUCGGCCAAUUUCCCCCUAUGAAUGAAUCAGUAUUUCAAGUCAGGCUCCAUAUAAAUGCACUGGUAGCCCCACCGUUGACCUGUUGGGCUCAUUUGAAAAGACAAUCCUAUAUUGGAAGUUUAAAAAAAAUCCCAGGACCCGUGGUUUUGACAGGAGCACUUCCAAAAAAGAGCAUUUUCUGCCACUAGUCUGAUGUGGUUGUUGCUCUGAAAAAAACCUGUCAUAUGUCCAGCCCCUGACCUGAGCGCUUGUGUUUAAGGCUGAUCCUCAAGGCUUCACCUGUCAUUAGUGUGGGUGGACACUACCAGCCCGGGGGAGACGGGGUUAUAGAUAAAGCACUUUGGAGGCCAUUUGUGGGGGGCUCACUGUUGCUGGAAACUUGUUGGAAUCGUUGAAGGAAAUGCGUCCAUGAUUCACUUUGUCAUCAUGUGCUCAUAUUACCAUCAGAUUCCUCUUGGGUUGAUGCCAACCUGUCAACUCACUAAUGUCCUGAUGUGCUGAAGAAACAUCUCCAGUGCCGCAUCUCUCUCAUGUUUACUUAUUUAAUCAGAGAAUACAUCUCCCUGUAUCAACAUGCUGUUUUUGAAUGAAAACAAUCCUAUUUACAUAAACACAAUUUGAUACUC